AUGUUAACCAAGUCCUUCCUUCUCCUCACCUUCCUCGCAGCGGCAGUCAGAGCAGUCAUCGUCCCCAAGGACCUCUCUGACGGCGUCUGGGACCUCUGGGAAGAUGAAGACGGCAGUACCGUCGCACAGCGCGACACGAGCUUCAGCGCCAAAUUCGCUUUCGAGAAAGCUCGCAAUGCCGCCGCCGCGCGGCGCGCCACGGCCGCCAGCCCCACAGGCUCUGAAGCUGAUCUGUUCAAGAGGCAGUACCCGAACUGCGAGACGGGUUGCACAGGCGGCGACACGUAUGACCACGACGACUACAUCACGGCUGUAACGCUGAUGCAGGGGUAUUGUGACGGCGGGGCCAAGGUGGGCACACGGAACUCCAAGGUGUUCAGCGCGGGUUCGGCCAUGGUCUACAUCUGUAACUCGUCGGGUAUAGGGGGCCAGGGAUGCAGCAGGACGGAGUGGGAUCACUUCAAUGAGCUGAUGGAUAUUAACUGCGGGUUGUGGAAGGGGUCAUAUACGUGGAUUAAUGACUGGGCGAAGACGUAUGGGCGGGAUGUUGCUGGGGCGAGGAUUUGUAAUUAG